CCGUGCCAGUGUAAACAGUCUAGCAGACGGCAGCUUGGGUCUACUGAGGAGAUAUCAUGAACGAGGCACGGCAAUUGUGGAUUCAACUGAUCCCAGGGAGUUGUUCCUCCAGCUCAGUUUAACUCCGGGACUGAGGGAAUCUCUGCCUUGAGGCUCCAGUAAUCAACCACCAUGGGAUUUCUGGAUUCUGCCUCCCAGAUCAACUGACAACACAUCAAAUAUCUUCAGAGUGCUCUGAUUUGACUGCCCCAACCCUAUUCCCUGGACAGGAGCAAUUAAGAUGGAUGCUUGGAGGUUACCUGGGGAUUAUCCCUCUCCACAGAGUCCCUCUCCUUACCCACCAGCCCAGGCUCCGUAUGGAUGGCAAUUGGACUGCAUGGAAGUAGAAGGUGGUGCACCAACAACAUGGCCUCAGACAAUGCCCAGACCAGGCCACAUUCAAUGGAGCCCAGACGCUGAGAAUGCAAUGAAUCCGCUGCCUAAUUAUGAAAUGGUUUCUCCACCUUACCCACCAUUGUAUCCGGAGUGUCAGCAAGCCCAUCAUAAACCAGAGACUGCCGGUCAUGGAGUUAACUUUGGGCAACAAAGCAAAAUGAAUCAGGAAUCGUUUGUGUCCCCCAGUGCACGAGAUGCUUGGGGUACACCAUAUCUGCAGGAAAACCCUGUUGGUUGGAACCUCCCAUCAAACCACUAUGGACAAGACCCUUCCAGUUUUCAGAUGGAUCCUGAAGUUGAACGUGCUGCAGCAAUGGUAGCGGGAGGUCCACGAGACCUGGCUGCCGUGCAAACACCAGGCACCAAAGCUGCCCCCUAUCCACUUAGUCCCCAGCAAGUGUUGUCCCCAAACCCAAUGAAUGCUGCUCUUCAAAUGCCAACUCCAUUGAGGCCUUCCUUGGGAAAAAUAGGUCCCUUGAUGAGUCUUGAUUCUCACUGGUUCUCGUUCGACCAGCCAAUGCCACCCGUUGUGGCAGAACCCUUCCCGACUCCAGGCAAUGCUCAUCACUUCAACUCUGAUCUCCAGCAACGGGCAGGUGGUUAUCAGCAAGAGUUUAUUCCUCAGCUUCAAGAUGUCAUCCCAGCCGGCCCUCAUUCACCCAAACAAUCUCCAGCAACUUUUAAAAUGGGCCCAAGUAAAGAACCAGAACAUCAAAUACAGACAGAAAGUAUGUUUAACCCUUUCAUACAAACACCAAAAACUGAUGAAGGUUGCAGCUCCCCAGAUCCUCCACAGAUGCCGAUUGGUUUUGAGACACUGGGACAUUCAGGCACAAACAUCAGUGACCAAAGCUCAGGCACUACAUCGUUCCCUGAACCACCAAAUACUUACAAAACAGAUCCUACUUUGAAUGAGGCCUGGGGGCUAUUUCCACCGGCCUCUUCCAUGAAUUUUCCUCGGCCGGAUGUUCGGACGGAGCCAACAAUCCCAGUCUCUCCCAUCUCCAACCACAAACCAUCACCACCACCCAGAAAAAUCACAUCUUCUACUUCCUUCGAUUCGAAAGACGAGGCUUCAAAGUGUCGCCAGGUGUCGCUGCUGCACAAACACGAGGGGAGCAACAAGGAGUCCGCCAUCUUCUGCGACUUCAUAAAGCUGCUGGCGGCUAAACACCCGAGUUCCGAGACCCAAUCCAACUCCGGUCUGAUGCCCAGCGUUAUCACCCCAUUUUGCGACGAGCUGCUCUGGGUCUGCCGUAUCCCCCUAACCAUCGUGUCAGAGGCUUUUACAGAGCCAAUGCAAGCAUCCCCAUACGCUGGCUCUACGGUCGAGGAACUGAUUCGUACCACGCUGUGCGAUGCCCAACAAAGCGCUGAGGACAGCAACGAUUAUGUUUUAAAGCUCUGCGAUACUAAGGAAGUUUUGCAGAAUGCCUGUACUUUGGGAAGUCACGAGAGUCUACAGUAUUACCUGAAACUUGGAGACGAAAUCAGGCUUCAACUCAUUCGACAGAAGGACCUUCAACGAGUGUGGAUUCGAACUAUUAAGGAUGACCAGGAUUUAACGGCUCUCCAAUCUGUUGUCAUGGAUACCGGUGUACGUAGAGUGGGCCUGUCCAGAAAAAUUCUGAAUGCAAAACUUAACAGUUAUCAUGAUGAAGUGAGGAAUUUAUUAUCCAGUCGGAAAAGUACGUGUCGCCUUGUGGAGGAGGUUAAAGCCAUUUGCUACUUGCUUCUGUCAGUAGAAACCAGGGAGAUAACAACUGCCAUCCAGCACCUGAAUUCGCUGGUCUCACCACAGAAACAGACUUCACUGCUAUCUUCGCAAUUGCCGAAGCCACAAGAUUUGCUUACAACAGCAAUCAAUGCAUUGACGGCUGCCAUUUCCCGACUGAUACACAUCUACUGCAACAACUUUGACAUUGAUUACCAAGUUGCUGAUGUAGGUGACACAGAAUCUGCGCCAGAGGUUCAGGCCCAGCUCGUCCAUGAGAGCUUCAGCUUCAAUAUUUAUGCCAUGCACGGAGUCCCUGGGCUCUGGGCUGGGAGCUAUGAAAACCUAUCUGUAUCUUGCUCACUAAAGUACGGUAGGGAGGAGUUGUGUUCACCGGUUAAGACGGGGGAAAUAGGCAUCACAAAACCUUCCCUUUUCCACUUGGCCAGAUGGAACCAGAGAAUACACAUGCCCAUCGAGGUGAGGCGAUUGCCUUGUGAGGUGACACUGAACCUGGAGUUGCAUGGACAUCACACAACCAGUGGCAACCAUCCUGACGGCAGCAGCAGGCAAUCCAUGAACACUGACACCUUAGCAAGUGUGUCCAUGGCUCUCUACAGCUCACAACAAAUAUUGGUCCACGGUACAAAACUACUCUGCCUUUGUCCCGUCAAUACCAGCAAACCAGACACAUUAGUCUUACAGAUAGAUUUCCCACUCACUCACCUGGUCAGGUUUACUCGACCUGUUCUGGCAGCAAACAGCCAGUAUGUCAACUAUUUGGAUGAAGUUUCCAGGAAACAGAUUGCGAACAUUCAGCAAAAACAUUCCCUACUUUUGAUUGGGGCAAGUGAGAAGAACUUGCUUUGGACGAAGCGCUCCUUCUGCAACAACUCAAACUGCUUCCUUCCUCUGUUACUGGGCAGCGGACUUAGCCUGGGCACGGUCUCUCUGCCUGAGGUCUAUGCUGUCCUCAAGAGGUGGAGCUUCUCAACAAACCCAUUGGAGUUACUGGGACUGCUGCUUUCAAGAUUCUCAGAUCAAAAGCUUCGCAGGACUGCAGUCCAGCAGAUUGGAACCAUUCUCAAUGACGAAUUGCUGGACUAUCUGCCACAGCUGGUUCAGGCAAUAAAGUUUGAAUGGCACCUUAAUAGCCCACUCGUAGAAUUCUUACUGGAUCGUUCAAUCGGGAGCAUACGAGUUGCCCAUCAGUUGUAUUGGUUACUGAAGGAUGGCCUAGCCGACUCUCAGUUCAAGGGCAGGUACAGCCAGCUGUUAGCAGCUGUUCUCCACUGCUCGGGACAGGCCAUGCAAGAGGAAUUUGACAAAGAAACCAAGCUCGUUGCAAAGCUGGGGGAGGUUGCUGAUAAAAUCCGGACAGCGGAACCUUCUAAACGCAUGACUGUAUUGGCAAAAGAACUUGAAGAAAUAGAGAAAUUCUUCUACCAAGAGCAUGUUUGUCAUCUUCCAUUGAACCCUACAUUUGCCGUGAAAGGAAUUGAUGUUAGCGUUUGUUCGUAUUUCACAUCAAAUGCUGUUCCUUUGAAAUUUUCUUUUAUCAAUGCCGAACCUUUGGGGAAAAAUAUCAAUGUGAUAUGCAAGACAGGAGAUGACCUACGACAGGACAUGUUGGUUCUGCAGAUUGUGAAACUCAUGGACCGCAUCUGGUGCCAGGAGGGCCUGGACAUGAGCAUGAUCAUCUACAGGUGCAUCUCGACCGGAGAAAGGAGAGGAAUGGUGGAGAUAAUACCUGGUGCUACGACUCUUGCCAAGAUCCACAUGAAGUAUGGUAUCACUGGGCCAUUCAAGGACAACACACUCUCAAACUGGUUCCAAGAGCACAACCCAACCAAGGAGCAGCACGAGAGGGCCGUGGAGAACUUUGUCUACUCCUGCGCUGGAUGGUGUGUGGCUACCUUUGUCCUGGGCAUCUGCGAUCGCCACAAUGACAACAUCAUGCUGAGAACCACUGGCCACAUGUUCCACAUCGACUUCGGAAAGUUUUUGGGGCACUCCCAGAUGAUCAUGAACAUGAAGAGGGAUCGCGUUCCGUUUAUAUUUACUGCUGAAAUGGAGCACUUCAUCACAGAAGGUGGGAAAAAUGGGGCUCAGUUCCACAGGUUCGUAGACCUCAGCUGCCAGGCUUACAACAUCAUCCGCCAACACACUCAACUCCUGAUGAAUCUCAUGGAACUGAUGUUGUCAGCCGGACUUCCUGAGCUGUCUGAGGUCCAGGACCUGAAGCAUGUCUACAACAACCUGCGACCAAUGGACUCUGAUGUACAAGCCACCUCGUACUUUACAAGCCUUAUAAAAGAAAGCCUCAAUAGUCUACCAGUGAAAAUUAAUUUUUUCGCCCAUAUUAUGGCACAGAAGAAAGUUGCAGGUGCACAUAUCCAGCGAAGACUCUCCUUUGUACCAGAAACAUAUACAUUACAGACAGAGGGUCUGAUAAGGUCUUUGUUGGUGUGUGGUUUUGAGAAGAAAGUAUCCCCUCAUAAGGAGUAUUUUUACAAGGUGCAAGUGGAACGAGAAGGGCAGGCAGAGUCGACCUUUGUGGAAAGGAGUUACAGCCAGUUUAGUGAACUCAACAAACAUCUUCACUGUUGCUUUCCAGCGUCAGAGAUACCAAGAUUUCCUCACAAGCCUCUGCUGGGACUGUCAACGGGGAGGGAACUGGCGAGGAAGAGAAAGGAUGAACUGAACACGUACGUGAGGUAUUUGCUGAAUGGAUCGCCUCAAGUUGCAAAGAGUGAUCUUGUCUACACAUUUUUUCAUUCUUCUCCAAACAAUGAAAGGCCUUCCGCUUCGCCAUCAUCAGAGCCUGUCCUUCACCCUGCAAGGCAGCCAGCAAGCGCUCAGCUCCACAUCUCCUUGGAAAACGGCAAGCUCUCCAUCAUGGUGAAGCACGUCACAAACAUUUAUUUACCAGAUGGUUCUGCACCAGAUGCAUAUGUAAAGAUCUAUCUCCUACCAGAUGCAGAGCGGGUGACCAAAAGGAAAACAAACGUGGUGCCAAAAAACAGCAAUCCAACGUUUAAUCAGAUUCUGGAGUACGUUGGGAUUACAGACCUAGCAAACCGAGUCAUCCAGCUGAGUGUGUGGUGCAGGCAGACUCUACUGGGAGCUGUGAAUAUUCCCCUCUGGGAGGUAACGUUGGAGCAGGAGAGGUGGUACAGACUGGGCAAUUCCUUCGUCUGAUUGUACCCUUGCAGGAAGAGCAUAAGGUGAGCACAGGCCCUACACAGGCAGGGCUUCCUUCCAUAAGGUAGGGUACUGUCAGAUUCACCUCUAUCCCAAUGCAGGCACUGGACUUUAUCUGUGGAACUGGUGAGCUACAUGCUGAGAACUGCACGCAGACCCCCAUCACCACCAUUGAUACCAUCUACACUUCACGCUGCCUCGGAAAAGCAGUCAACGUAAUCAAAGACUUGUCCCACCCUGGUCAUUCCUUCUUCGCCCUGCUCCCAUCUGGCAGAAGGCACAGAAGCAUGAAACGUGCACCACCAGAGGAGCAGCUUCUCCCCCUCUGUUAUCAGGCUUCUGACAGCACCCUGCCUUCCAUAAGCUGGGGCACUGUCCGAUUCACCUCUACCCCAUUGAGGGCUUUGGACUUUGUCCCUGGAACUGGAGCAGUACAAUGCUGAGAACUAUAUUCUGCACUCUGUAUCUUCCCCUUUGCUCUACCUAUUGUACUUGAGUUUGACUUGAUUGUAUUUAUGUAUAGUAUUAUCUGAUCUGUUUGGACAGAGUGCAAAACCAAGCUUUUUACUGUACCUCAGCACACGUGGCAGUAAUGAACUUAAACCGUAACCUGUAUUGAAAGUCUGCUAACGACAGAUACUCUAUUACUCUAUUUGAUUGUUUGUUAGUGAUUGCAAACUUAGACGAUAUAAGCUGCCAAUUCAAUAUAAAUGUUGCGUAUCAGCUGUGCAGGUGUUAGCAGAUCUAACAUUUAAUUUGUGAUUUUGUAUGAAGCUGAAUAUAAAGGUUUGCUUAACUACCGAUCUUCAAGUGAGAUUUUCAAAGAGGUAAAGAAUUCACCAUAACUUUUUUCAAACCACUGAAAGCUGUAAGGUUUGAAGUAAAUUGACACAGAUCCAUGAAAAUCCUUAAACAAAGUAUGUAUAAUAAAAGGUUCUGUGAAUACUGUAA